CAAGAUUAUUCGUAUAGCGUAUUGAGUAGAAUCAUGAUGUGCGUUGAGGCCGGAAGACCUCUCAUUUUGACUGAUUUGGAAAUUAUUUAUGGCGCUCUCUACGAUUUGUGGAACCAAAAUUAUAUCGUCUACGGAAGUAAAGAUAACCCUCGAUACUUUACCAGGGUUGCACUUGGAGCAUAUGCUAAUCCGAUGUUGUAUGUCAACAACACGUUUAGAUGCAUUUUAGUCCUAGAUGAAGCUAAAUUGCAAAAAGCCGAUCCACCCCUUCUGAAUAGAUUUGAAAAGCAAAAAAUGUCAAUCGAAGAUAUGCUCACAGAUGAACAACGAGGAAUCGUGGGAACUUUGAUUACCUGGGCAAAACAAAUGGCCACCCUGGUUGGAAAGAAUAACAUAGCUCGUCAAGACUUUACAUUACAAGAUCUCUUUAUUGGUUAUGAUCCAGAGGAAACUUUGCAAAGUUUGGUUAUUGAUGUUACGCACAAACAUGAAGGUAAAACGUACGAAGAGAUUCUUUCGUUAUGCAAGGAAUCUCUUAUUGCCAUUGCUUCAGCUGAUGGAAUUGUAAGGGCCACCAAAUCUGCGAUGGAUAAGGAAGAAAGCCUCCGUUGGAAACUGGUUUACUUCCCCUCGGCUGAAUCUAAUAACCAACAUCAUGAUCACUUGGCUGAUUAUUUCAUGGCAUUGUUUUAUGAAGUUGGCGUUGCCUAUCCAGACCCAUUAUUGGUUAUUGUUAAUACAUUUUCAAACAUUAACACCGAUGUAAAAAAAUGUCUGGAUAUGAUACUACGCGUCCAAGUCGAUAAACUUUCUACUUUUAGAACAGAAGCCCAACUUCAAAACAGGGUUAAACAUUUUUGGUUAGAAUCUGAUGAUCAAAUGCUUGUUCUUCAAUGCGAUGUGACUACCGCAAAUGCUGGAUGCAUUAAGUUGGCAAAAUUCAUCAUUGAGCAAUACCGUAACGAAUUUAUAAGGACCAGAAAAGCGGGAGUGCCAGCUAAACAUGCGUGCAUUAUCCUGCACAUUCACAGAGAACAAGAAACCAACUUUUUAUCCUUCAACUUUAUGUGUGGAUGGAGAAAAGUUACAAUUGAAACGUUGGCGCCACAGGAAAAGAAUUUGUCAACACUUUUGGAUGGAUCCUUAAAGAGCAUAUUGAAUACCACCUACAAAUUUGAAGAUAUAUUGAAACAGGAAUUAUUGUGGUGUCUGCUGUGCAUGAAAUAUCCAUCUACUGAAAAUUCUAUUCAUCAUCUCAGGGUUCUCAAUUCCGAAAUUCUCAAGCAUCCAAACUUCAUCGAGUGUCUAAAGGAACGAGUUCUGAUCUGGCUAGAGGAAAAAUCUUCUAUGGAUUGGCAAUAUGAAGUCGCAUCUAAUAAAAAAUUACUCUAUCCGUAUUCUUCUUUCUCGGCUGCUCUACAAGCUCGCAUUCGUACAAUGGUCAGAGCUCCUGUCGCAAGAAUUUUAUUUUCUCUCGAAAGGCUAUCAGUUAUUAAAACCUUUUUCGACAUCGACCAACCCGGAAACGAGGAGAGCCCCUUACUUUUAUUCUGGAAAAUUUUGUUUAAAGAUCCUAAAGUAAUUGAAAUUGAUGAACUUCCCGAACCCAUACCUGACCGAUAUGUAUUACCGAAUCAACUUUACGAUUUACAGUUCCCGUUCUCGUAUUACUUUAUGAGAAAAAUUGAUGAUUUUAAGGGCAUCUUUUUAGCAGAGCUUGAUAAACUUAAACAGGAUAAAGAAAAUUGCGAUCCAUCAUCCGGGGAUCUUCACAUGAACGUUGAGGCCAUGGCUCACGAUGCAUUCAAAUCUAGCGUCUACUCAUCGUUGUCAUAUCUUAGAGAACAAAUGAUUGAACCACAUUUAGAAAAAUACUUUAAUGAUUUUGUGACCAUUGUUUCAGCUAGAGAAGGAAAAAACAACAGGGAAUUAUUAGCAUUGUUAUUGAGGCAACUUUUGGGUGAAGAAAAAAUGUAUGAUCCGGUUCUAUUGCAUGCUUACUGGUGGAUAAAUUCAAGCACAAUCCUGACGGAUAUGCAAUUGGCUCAGAUGUGUCCGUCAAUAGUUAAAGAUUUUACUUCAAGAGGCAGCAGAUCCACUUUCGAAGAGUUCCUUGUUCACGAAAUAACAACGAUGAUGCUUAAUAAGAUAUGUGGGAAAGAUGUAGAAGGAAUUAACUCUCAUCAAAUUGAUAUGUGGUUGCGGGAAGUCAACAAAGUUUUAACUUUUAGUGGAAAAUUACAGAAAACCCGUAAAUUACCUUCUUUCCAGCUACUAAGAAUAUGUAACGAACUUGUCGCCUCAAAAUCUAUCCCAUU